GGUUGUGUCACGUGUCGAAGGCUUUAUAGCUAAUGUCACAUGAUUUGGGUGUUUUCCAGUUGCACCUAUGUCGUUUAAUUUGUGGUUGUCACACAGGUAAAGCAAGCAGAAAUGGGAGUGAUUGUGUAAGAGGAAGAAAGUGGCCACUGUGUGGAGAACUGUAAUGAAAUUACACAUGGAGCAAACUAAAAUCACUUUGGUGAACCGCUGUUGAGAAAAAAAACAAAACACGUUUCGUCCAAUGGAGUUUAAUCUUACGGGCUUGUUCCGUGUCCUGCCGUCUGCAUUUUGAGCAAAGAAAACCGCACUUAAAAUUCAACCAAUUAAAAAAAAAAAAACCAGAAGUGACAUCAACCCGUGUUGGAAGAAGCCAUUUAAAAGAUAAAUGGCACCACUUUCAAUCUUUGUAAUCCUGGAAGUUUGGUGUUACAUGGUGUUGCACAUUUAAAGACUGUUGCCACUUUCAUUAAAAUUAAGUUUGGAUUUUCCCAAAGGAAAUUAACUCGUGAAGCUACAGAGACAUCUCGACAAUUGCGGUUUGAAACUGAUCUGGGGAGUGGAUAAAAGAAGCUGACGUCUAGAGGUGAAAAGAAGUGUGUCUUUCUGGUAAUGUGGAUAACAUCACGAUAAUGAUGAACAGUACUAGUGAAAAAAUGUUAACAAGCACCCUGACUGCGAAAUCAUCAGCUGCAGGAGUUUUUGGUGACGCAAGCUCUCAGCUGUCAUCUCCUUUUUCAAAUUCUUCAAGCGUUAGAAAUGCAACGUUGUUAUGGUCAGGAAACGCCUCCAUCAACGGGGAUCGGCUCUUUUUGAACACAGCGGCGGCUCAAGGGCUGUCUGGGAUCUUUGUGUGGUCAGCACUGCUGCUCACCUGUCACCAGAUCUACAUGCAUCUACGGUAUUACAGCAUUCCGAACGAGCAGCGCUACAUCAUUAGAAUUCUCUUUAUUGUUCCAAUUUAUGCCUUUGACUCCUGGCUCAGCCUUCUUUUUAUCAGCAAUGAUCAGUACUAUGUUUAUUUUGACUCCAUACGGGACUGCUACGAAGCAUUCGUAAUUUAUAACUUCCUCAGUCUGUCCUUUGAGUAUCUUGGAGGGGAGAGUGCGAUUAUGUCAGAAAUCAGAGGGAAACCCAUUCAGUCAAGUUGUUUAUAUGGAACCUGCUGUUUGGGAGGAAUCAGUUACUCCAUUGGAUUUCUGCGUUUCUGCAAACAGGCAACCCUUCAGUUCUGUGUUGUCAAACCCAUUAUGGCCGUCAUCACCGUCAUUUUGCAAGCCUUCGGGAAAUACCAUGACGGAGACUUUAAUGUUAAUGGUGGCUUCCUCUACAUCAGCAUCAUCUAUAACUUCUCAGUCAGCUUGUCGCUCUACUCCCUGUUUCUGUUCUACUUCGCCACCAGUGACCUGCUCCGCCCUUUCGAACCCGUGUUAAAAUUCCUGACCAUAAAAUCGGUCAUUUUCCUCUCUUUCUGGCAAGGUAUGUUGCUUGCUAUCCUAGAGAGGUGUGGUGUCAUCCCUGAAGCCCUGCUAAUCGACGGCCAUGAAGUAGGGGCUGGGACAGUGGCUGCAGGCUGGCAGAACUUUAUCAUCUGUAUUGAGAUGUUCUUUGCUGCAAUAGCACUCAGAUAUGCCUUCACCUACAAUGUAUACCAGGAGAAGAAGAAUGAAGUACCAGGUAACCAUGCCCCAAUGCAGAGCAUCUCUAGUGGGUUGAAGGAGACCAUGAACCCCAAUGAUAUGGUUCAGGAUGCCAUUCACAAUUUCUCCCCCGCCUACCAGCAGUACACCCAGCAAUCCACCCAGGAGGUGACGGCCGCCAGCCAGAACGGGAGGCCUGGGCAGCACCAAACUGGGAACAAGACCAAAGGGCCAAAGAAAAAUGACAAACUCAUGCUGAUCACCUCCGAUGAUGAACAGUAGACCCCUUGGGCUGUUUUGAUUGUACUGGGUGAGUUUCACCACUUUGAGUAAGUAGCAGGGUUCUGGAAAAUAUAGCGUUAUAUGUCCCCACAUGUUGCUACAACUGUUUAAAUAACAUACCCGUCAUGUUUCUUUUCAUAGUUAACAUCGUGACAACUUGUUACACUUAGAACUUUAAACUCUGUUUCAAAGCUCUUUUUCAAAAUGGCCACGAUCUGUCCUCUAAAUCACUGCAGGAAGAGCGAUUAACCAAUAAUGGGGAAAUGGCUAUAUAGCUGUCAAUGGUGUUUUUUUUUUUUAAUGGGUAGGUUAACAAUUACAAAAUAAACAACUUGUUAAAAUAGAAAUACCUGUAAUGCUGCUUCCUUUUUCCUGUAGGUAAGACACAGUGGAAUGAAUGAAUAUAUAUAUAUAUAUA